AUGGAGUCAGGCCAGGGCCCGGGUCCUGGACAUGGUAGCCCUGAGAGCCCCAACAGGGCUGUAGAGUACCUUCUGGAGCUCAACAACAUUAUCGAGAGCCAGCAGAAACUUCUGGAAAGCCAACGGCACCGCAUCGAGGAACUGGAGGUCCAACUGGACCGUCUCAGCCAGGAGAACAAGGACCUGAGAUUAGACAGACGACAGCCCCCCCCUCAUGCCUGCCCCCCAGAGCCCCCCUGCCCCCCGCCUCCUCCCCUGACCAAGACCAACCCGCCCUUGGUAUCCUCAGUGCCCCUCCACCCCACCCAUAGCUACAACCACAGCAUGGCCAUGCCCACCCCCACCCCAACCCCUGCUGUACCCACACCGGCGGCUGCUCCACCACCCCCACCACCCCCGGUGCCGGCUAGGGAGCCCAGGAGCCACACCCGUGUGACUCGCGGGGUCUCCAUAGGGGGAACCAACUUUGUGGAGAAGGAGAAGGAGCGUCUGGAAAGGCUCCACAGUGCCAACGCUGCCAACUCAGCCAGCCUGCACAGACAUCUGACCGCUCACAGCCACUCCACCCACCACCAGUACUGCUGCCCCGCGCGCCUCCGCCUACCCAAGCCUCCCUGCGCCCUGCCCCCUGCCAGACAUCACGAGCAGGCAAGAGAGGAGGACGAGGAUGACAUCGCCCAUCAGUUCUGUUGCCCUGCCUCUGAGUGCAGUAGCCCCUCCUCUAGCCCCUUGGCCCCCCAGCCCCUUGGCCCCCCAGCCCCUUGGCCCCUCAACCCCAGCCCUCUGCCCAGCCAGCUUGGCCUGGGCCCCCAACGAACACGCCACCAGCCUGCAAGCCUGGCGCUCCGCAAGCAGGAGGAGGAGGAGAGCAAGCGCUGCAAAGCCCUCUCAGACAGCUAUGAGCUCUCCACAGACCUCCAGGAUAAGAAGGUGGAGAUGCUGGAGAGGAAGUAUGGGGGAUACUUCCUGAGUCGGCGCGCGGCGCGGACCAUCCAGACGGCGUUCAGGCAGUACCGCAUGAACAAGAACUUCCAGCGCCUGCGGAGUUCUGCCUCAGAGAGCCGCAUGACGCGCCGCAUCAUCCUCAACAACAUGAGGCUGCAGUACUCGUUCGACGACAGGCAGAACCAAGACCAGGGUCAAGACCAGGGUCAAGACCAGGACCAGGACCAGGGCCAGGAUCAGGGUCUGACUAGGUACUCCCACACUGGAGGGCAGCCUGGUGCCACCGAUGGGGGAGACAGGGAGGAAUACUCCCACCUGGAUGAAUCCUUCUCGAAACAGGUCAAGUCCCUGGCUGACUCCAUGGACGAUUCCCUCACCUGCCAGUCUGGACGAGAAGACUCUCAGGAGGGAGAUCCAGAGGAGGGAGGCGGGGAGGAGAGGGAGGAAGACUUCAGGGAGCGUGUGUGGGGAAACAACAGCAACACCCCCACCCCCCGUCGGGGUCUGGGAGGGGGCAGAGGCAGGGGAGGGGGCGCGCACGAGGACAGCACAGCGACCACUUACAGCGACGGCACCCUCUACAUGGACGACGGGAUCCCUACCUCCCCCAUGUCCAUGGACCGCCCCCCCAGCAGCACGGACACAGAGUACUGGGGCCUGGGGGUGGGGCGGGAGGACAGCCGGGAGACGGAGGGAGGGGGCAGCAGCACCAGCCGCCGCAGUACCCCCUGUACGGAGUGUCGAGACCACCGGCACCGAGGGGGGGGCCACCUGCCCGUGCUGACCAUCGAGCCGCCCAGCGACAGCUCCGUGGACAUGAGUGACCGGUCUGACCGGGGGUCUCUGAGCCGGCAGCUGCUGUACGAGCAGGAGCCCGGGGGCGAGGGGGGAGGAGGGGGAGAAGGAGGAUGCGGGGGAGGAGGGGGGAUGGGGGCGGGAGGGUCACCUCAAGGGACCAUCAAGGCCAAUCCCAAUGGACGCUCGGUUGCCAUGGCGCAGGGUCAGACCCGCACGCCGUUGGUCCGCCCUCACCCGUCACCCCUCCCCCCGCACCUCCCCCACCACACCACCCCUCAGCAGCAGCCCCUCACCCCCAUCCUCUCCUCCUCCUCCUCGCCCUCCAUGUGUGCGAUGGCCCCGGGCCUUGAGCAGCACCUCAUCUCAGACGGAGACAACGAGAGUCUCAACUCCACCACCAACUCCAAUGAGACCAUCAACUACUCCUCAGGCUCCUCCUCUCGGGACAGUCUGCGGGAGCCCCUCCCCCCUCUGGGAAAGCAGACCUAUCAGAGGGAGUCUCGUCACAGCUGGGACUCGCCCGCCUUCAAUGAUGACGUGGUCCAGAGGCGACAGUAUCGUAUCGGACUCAACCUGUUCAACAAGAAGCCAGAGAAGGGUAUCCAGUACCUGAUAGAGAGAGGCUUCGUGUCAGACACGCCUGUGGGCAUCGCCAGAUUCAUCCUGGAGAGGAAGGGGCUGAGCAGACAGAUGAUCGGAGAGUUCCUUGGCUGCCGACAGAAACAGUUCAACAAGGAUGUGCUGGACUGUGUUCUGGAUGAGAUGGACUUCUCAGGAAUGGACCUGGACGAUGCCCUCCGGAAGUUCCAGGCCCAGAUCAAGGUCCAGGGAGAGGCCCAGAAGGUGGAGAGACUCGUGGAGGCCUUCAGUCAGCGGUACUGUGUGUGUAACCCGGUCCUGAUCCGACAGUUCCAGAACCCAGACACUAUCUUCAUCCUGGCCUUCGCCAUCAUCCUCCUCAACACAGACAUGUACAGCCCCAACGUCAAGCCAGAGAGGAAGAUGAAGCUGGAGGACUUCAUCAAGAACCUCCGAGGGGUGGACAACGGCCAGGACAUCCCCAGGGACCUGCUGAUCGGGAUCUACCAGAGGAUCCAGAAGUGGGAGCUCCGCACCAACGAUGACCACGUGUCCCAAGUCCAGGCUGUGGAGAGGGUGGUGGUGGGCAAGAAGCCGGUGCUGUCCCUGCCCCAUCGGAGGCUGGUGUGUUGCUGUCAGCUGUAUGAGGUUCCCGACCCUAACAGACCCCAGAGGAGUGGGGUCCACCAACGAGAGGUGUUCCUCUUCAACGACCUGCUCAUGGUCACUAAGAUCUUCCAGAAGAAGAAGACCUCAGUCACGUACAGUUUCAGACAGUCCUUUCCUCUGGUCGACAUGCAAGUUCACAUGUUCCAGAACUCCUACUACCCCCACGGUGUCCGUCUGACGUGUGCCAGCCCGGGCAGCGAGAGGCAGCUGCUGAUGGCGUUCACGGCCCCCAGCCAGCAGGACCGAGGGCGCUUCACCUCCGACCUGCGGGAGAGCAUCGCCGAGGUGCAGGAGAUGGAGAAGUACCGCGUGGAGUCUGAGUUGGAGAAGCAGAAAGGCGUGGUGCGUCCCAGCGUCCUCAGCGGCGGAGGAGGGGCGGGGCCUGGCGGUCCAGGAAGUGACGGGGGCGGGUUGAAGACGGUGGGGGUGAACGGUACCCUGGGAAGGCCCAGUCUGGACGACACCUAUGCUGCAGUGGACGGCCUCAAACGCUCUGCCCUCAGCUCCUCCCUCCGAGACCUGUCUGACACAGGGAAGCGUGGGAGGAGGAACAGUGUGGGCUCCCUGGACAGUGCCAUCGAAGGCUCCAUCAUUAGCAGCCCUCGAUCCCAACAGCGCCCCCUCAUGGUGGGAGGGGUCCCCUAUGGCCUUGAAGACUACCGGCCUCAUCGCCCCAUCCUGAGCCCCGGAUCUGGGGUGGGGGGUGGGCCGGGGCAGCUUCACAACGCCACAGGGGGGCCGGUGUCCCACGGGGGCACCCUCUCCAGCAGUGGCAGCAGCGGGGGCCCGGGUGGGGGCAGCGGAGGGAGUGGCGGUUCCUUCCUGGGGAGCCUGUUUGGCAAUCGUCGAGCCAAAGGCCCCCCCGGGCCUCUCAUCCCCCCCGGACCCCACUACCCUGCACCUGUGGCCCCUCCGACCGCAGGGGGGCCGCCCCCACCCUCCCCAUCCGCCCUCAGCCAAUCCGACCCUGGCGGACCCUCCAAGAUCCAAGCUUUGCACGCCCAGUAUUGCCAUGGCAACAGCAGCAGCGCUGGCGGCAGAGUCGCGCAGCCGCCUCCGCCGCCCUACCACCAUCACCAUCGCUACCACCACCAGCCCGCGCCCCUGCCCAUGCCCACCAUGCCCACCUCCGCCCAGAACAGUGGCCACCACACCCUUCACAGGGUGACCACGUCGGGCAAACGCCCUGGGCAGGGGCCCAUUCCCUCUCACGGCCAGCUGGGCCAGCAGCAGCAGCACGGGCACAGCAGCCAUGGCGGGGGACAAGGACGCUACUCCUGCACCCCUCCCCCCCUCUCGCCUCACUCCCCUCACUCCCCCGUCCCCCCGCUGUCCCUCUAUCACACACACUCGGUACGAGGGGGAGGGGGUGGGGGAGGGCUGGUCAAACUCCCUCUGACCCUCUCCCACUCUCAGCCCCACCCUCACGCACACUCCCACGCUGCGCUCAGCCACCCGCACAACCACGUGGGCCUCGCUCACAGCCCCCACCAGGUGCCCCACCCGUCCCACCAGCCGCACUUCAUCUUCUCCACGCCCCCUCCUCAGACCCCUAUCGCCCGCCACGUGCCCCAGGCCGCCCAGUACGUGCCGCAGUACCCCCCCUCUCUCCUCCAUCCCGCCUCCUCCGCCGCACUCCCCUCUGCCUCCGCCUUCGCCCUCGCCCCUCGCCCCGCUCUCCCCUCAUCCGCAAGUUGGCCAGGGGGGAGGCGGGGCGGGAGGGGUGGGCAGCUCCAAGUCCAAGCCGGUCAGCCGUAUCAGCACGGUGGUGUGAGGGGGGCCCGGGCAGCAGGGUACCCUGACUGGCAGCAGGGGGCGCUAGUGAGAGCGGAGAGGGCCAGGAGGAGCAGGAGGAGGAGGGGUCAGGUUCAGCUCUACCGACAGGGCCGUCUGGUUAGGAGGAGGGGCAGGGGCAGUGGGCAGAGAAACCUGCUGAGCCUCUGUUAUUUUCACCUCCACUGCCCAAAGUAGCCCGACAGGCGGGCAGCCUGACGCAGCCUGACGCAGCCUGACGCAGCAGCCACAGUCUGGAUGAGGACCAGCCGGCCUGA